UGGUUGGACAAAUAAUAAAACUCACGUCCAGCACAAGCAGUUCCAGUUCGACUGAAAUCUGCUGUUGAUUGUAUGUGGGCCUUGGUAUGCCUUUCCCAUUGCAACAGGGUACAGAACAGGGCAAGUUCCCCCUCGUUGUUAACACACCAUCUUUCCGCUGGUUUUGUUUUCGCUUUGUUCUGGCAGCUUCAGCUGAAGCAGAAAAAGGAAGAAUUAUGCGAGAGAAACAAACAGGUGUCCUUUGACCGCUGCAACCAUGUGCUGGUGGAGCUUUACCGGAAGCUGAAAGCUGGAGUCCACAUAGGAAUUUAUUCUGCUCCCGGUGGCUACCAGCGUUAUCUGGAGAACUGGAACAAAAUGGUAGAGGAAUACCGUUCGGUACCUUGUAAAGGAAUUCAGGCAGACUGUGCUCUUGAAGAAUUCCUGAAAUCCAAGGAGACUGUGGCAAAAUCUCUCCUUCAAAUGGACCGCGCCUUGACUGCCCAAGAGAAGGAACUUGAAGCCCAGCGCGCUCAGGCCGAAGCAGCCCAGCUGCAGCAGACGCUGUUGGAGCAAAAGCAGGCGCAGUUGCAGCAAAUGAUGGAGGAUGAGAAGCGAAGCCACGAUGCACAGCUCCAGCUGUUGAGGGAGAAGAUGGAGAAAGAGAAGAAGUUGAUGGAAGAGGAAACAGACAGGGUGAUAGAGCAGAAACUCAAGGAACAUGAGUUGCUGCUGAAAGAAGGAUUUCAGAGGAUGGCAAGGAAGAUGGAGAGUGAAAUCCAACAUCUCAAGGAUGAAAAGAAAAGCUGGGAAUGGGUGUCGUCUCUAGUGGAAAAUUUGAUCCCAGUUGUGUCAUCUUUGGUGAUGCACAGUGUGCAGCUUGCAACAGUUUCUCAAACUGGGAGCACGCCAAAGAAAUAGUUCCAGCAUGGGGGG